AUGUGCAAGCGCCGUUGGGGAAGCCACCAAAAAACUAUAGCUUUCACUUGUCGCAAUUGCCUCUUCUUCAUGUAAACAAAGAAGAACGCUUAAUGUGUCUUCAGUUGACCGUACGACUUCCUACACUCAGCAAAGUCCCCAUGAGCUGCGAGCUCGGUACAAAAAAUUCCAACAACUAUGGACGAAAUAUGCGUGAAAUCGAAAUCAACUUUUUCUUAGCAUUCAGGUCAAUCAGAUAUUAAUCACGGAAGAAAGAAAAAUUCGCUGUGAAGUGCAAUCCUAAUGUAAUGUCGGCGACGGUGUUUAGUUGUGGUGUUUUUUGGAGAGCCGCUGUUCUGGUGUUAGUUCUUGUGAUAAAAGUGAGGACGGUGCCCAAUGAGAGACAGGCUCAGGAGUUGCUGCUUUUGGAUAACUUGGGGAAACGGGGAGGCGUAUCGACUAGCGAUCAUGGGACUCUUAUGGAUAUGUUGGGGAGAAUGAUUCCCCAAUCUUGCCGAUACCGUGGCGUGAAAUACGAAUGUGGCUUAAGCAUUAGCUGCGUUUUGGGUGGUGGAAGACCCUUGGAUCUCUGCUCAGGGGGGAUGAUCUGGGCAUGCUGUGUUGAUAGGGAAGUUCCAGCUACGGUCAGACCUGAUGUAGGAGUUCUCAAUAACGCCAACACAUACCAUCUAGUAAGCUAUUACCCGCCAGAACCGGAAGAAAACCCAGACUUGAACACCGUCGACGGUCCUUAUAGACCCCUGGAUAGGCCGGGAAUUAGCAUCGAUCGGCCGGGAAUGAGGCCCUUAUCCCUCAGACCCGUUCAACACGAAGACGACGAUUACGACGUGUACGAUAACGAAGGACCGUACGCCGAAGAGCCGCAUAAUAUUAGGGGUUGUGGUGAGCUACAUACUAGAAGUAAUAGAAUAGUCGGAGGUCAUCCCACAGGUUUCGGAUCGCAUCCCUGGCAAGUUGCCCUCAUUAAGACGGGUUUCUUAAGCAAGAAAUUAGCUUGUGGAGGAGCUCUAGUAAAUGAAAGGUGGAUAGUUACCGCUGCACAUUGUGUUGCUACAACAGCAAAUGGAAAUAUUCGUAUCCGUUUGGGAGAAUGGGACGUACGGGACCAGGAAGAAAAACUUCCGUAUGAGGAAUAUUCAGUAGAAAGGAAAGAGGUCCAUCCAUCGUAUUCACCUUCAGAUUUCAAAAAUGAUUUAGCUCUAGUAAAAUUAGACAGGAACGUCCGUUUUAAGCAGCACAUAUUGCCAGUUUGUCUUCCUUCGCCUACCACCAAGUUAGUUGGAAGGAAAGCAACAGUAGCCGGUUGGGGACGAACCCGACACGGACAAGCUACCGUACCUUCAACAUUACAAGAAGUCGAAGUGGAAGUUAUACCAAACGAGAGAUGCCAAAGAUGGUUCCGAGCAGCAGGGAGACGGGAAACUAUCCACGAUGUAUUUCUGUGUGCCGGAUAUAAAGAGGGUGGUAGAGAUUCCUGUCAAGGUGACUCAGGAGGACCUUUGACGCUCACAGUCGAAGGACGAAAGACACUAAUAGGACUAGUUUCGUGGGGUAUUGGCUGUGGAAGGGAACAUCUUCCGGGAGUGUACACUAAUAUUCAAAAGUUCGUGCCUUGGAUGGACAAAGUGAUGAUGGGAUAACGUAUUGCUAGUCGUAAAAUUAAUAUAGGUGACUCACGUUUUAGAAUAAUAGAAUAAUUAUUUUAUUUAUUUAUUUGACGAGCUCGAUCAAUUUGCCUUUAUUUUACUGAGCAUUUUCAAAGAAAACAUUACAUUAUUCUUUAUUUGCAUGAUUUGCUAUGCAGGGUUUAAUAUUAAGAACUACUUAUAGAGGGUAAAAUACUGGGUUGGGAUAAGUUAUGGAACCAAGCAAAUAUCUUUGAAACGAAAAAAACAAUAUUUAUGAAACUUUGCAUGCAAGUACAGUGACGCAAAAGGCAUCUGUUGUCAUAGUUUUUGUUACUAUUCCACUUCCGGUUUCACCGGAAAUACCCCUAAUUUAUUUAAUUUAAAUGGAACACCCUAUAUAUUUUUGCGGAUUUUAAAAGAACUUGUUAUUUUUAAUUCAUACUUACCAAAUUCGGUAGAGAAAAUUUGUUAAAAAGUGUCUGUAGAUAAUUUUUUGUAUUAAUACAACGUAAUAGGAAAUAAACGAGUACCAUCUAUACUAUAGACUAAUUCUUGUUUACAUGCACUGCAUGACUUAUUUGAAUUUAGUAUAGUAGGUAAAACUGUUACUGAACUAAUUGACAGAAAUAAGUUGUAUUAAAAAUGGUUCACUUAAGUGGAAAAGAUCGUAUUGAAAUAUUAAUGAUAAUAGGGUAUGGAGAAUUUUCAUUUUUUGGAAGUGAAUUUUCCAAAUCCAUGGAUUGGACGUAGAGGAUUCAUAGAGUGGCCCGCUCGUUCUCCGGACCUCAACCGUUAGAUUUUUUUCUUUGGGUUAUCUAAAAUUACGUGUUCACGUUAGUCGAACCAAUAUGCUUGCAGGAUUUGAGAAAAAGAAUAAUAAUUGAUGAAUGUAAACUAAUACGUGGAGAAAUCUUGCAAAAAGUGACUCACGAAUUUAUUUAUAGGCUUGCACGUUGUCAGGAGGUGAACAGCAAACAUUUGAAAUUAUUAUUUUUUUAUUUUUAAUAUCAUUGGUCCAACGUAAAUAAAUUAACCUAUUUUUUAACUGUAAAGAGAUUUAUUUCUUGUUUUAAUAGUUUUUUCUUCCAAACUUGGUAUGUAUGAAUUAAUAAUAACAAGUUAUUUUAAAAUCUGCAAAAAUAUACAGGCUGUCCCGUUUAAAGUAAAUAAGUUAAGGGUAUUUUCAGUGAAACCGGAAGUGGAGUAGUAACAAAAAAUAUGGCAUUAGAUGCCUUUUUCGUCACUGUACUUGCAUGCAAAUUUUAAUAAAUAUUGUUCUUUUUGUCUCAAAGAUAUUUGCUUGGUUCCAUACUUUAUCCCAACUCUGUAUAGUAAGAAACCAGUAGAAAGACGCCAGAAUUCAUAACUAAAAGACCCAACGAAAUGGUAUAUUUGCCUAUCGACAAGAAUAGCUUUGAAGCCUUCGAGUUCAAGAGAAUCUUUAAAAUUCCUGGACGGAUCAUAUAAGCAGCGCCGAAGCACCAGUAGAACCACUCUCCAAAAAAUUGGAAGUAAAAUCUGUAGUCGCGCAUGGCGACCGCGCAAUGUUCUUAGUCGCUUUUGCCCCACUCUCGCAUUGUUAGUCGUAUAGAAACGUACGAGUUUUAACAGAGAAAACCCGCAUCCACGACUGGUGAAUUAUCAAUUGUGUACUGCCGGUAUUACUUCUUGAGAUCAAAGUGCCGACAGAGAAGUGGUUUUACUGUCCCUCUUUAUACUGUGGCCAAAGUAUUACGCCGAAUAGCGGGAAAAGGUAAUUGCUGCAAGUAGUGAAAAAAAGGAAAGCAGCCUACCUGGGUCUGUCGCUAGAGAAAUCUACUAUUGUAUAAUAUAUUGUUGUAGACGACCUACCCCAAAUCUAAGCCGAAUCAGAUUAGUAGUUUUGUUUUGACCGCGUUUGUAAGCGGGCGUGUCUGGGUAUUUUAGAAUAAUGAAAAAAUAGCAAUAUCGGUCGGAGAUUCGACUCCUGUUUUGGAAGGGAAAUCCUGCAGUAAAAUCAAAGAGCGUAUGGACCCUGUGUACGGUCACGCCCAGGUGACUCGAAAAUGGUUACGAUGGAGGAUAAUUUGAAAAUAAACAACCAUCUCGUAUUGGCAGACUGUCUACUCAAGAUGCGCGAGAUAGCUGAGACAGUAGGCAUCUUAAGAGAUCGCGUGGGUCGUCAUAUCCUGCUUGAAAUUUUGGACAUAAGAAAGUUGUCGGCGCGAUGGGUGCUGCAUUAACUCUCUCCGAACAAUAAGCGCCACCAUAAUACCACUGCAGAACUGUGUCUGAGGCUGUUUAAGCGUAAUCAAAAGGUAUUUCUACGUUGUUUCAUAAGUGUCGACGAAACAUGGUUCUAGUGGUACACACUCGAGACGAAGGAACAGCCAAUACAAUAAAUUCGUCCUCCGAAAGGGGAGAAGAUUAUACAAAGGGCCGGAAAAGAGAUGGUCACCAUUUUAUGAGAUUGACAAGGUGUGAUCUGCAUCAUCCUGUAAAAGGACAAAACGGUCAUAGAGCUUUACUAUGACGCAUUAUUGGGCCGAUUCGAUGCCGAUGUUCAGAAAAAACAGCCUCAAUUAGACAACAAAAAUACUUUUUCACCAUGGCAAUGCACCGGCUUACACCUCCGCCGUCGUCAUGGCUAUAUUGAUCGAAUUGGGCUAAUAACUACUGCUUCGUCCACCGUAUUCUCCGUAUUUGCCAUUGUACGAAUUAUUUUUUUUUAACUUUAUUCUGUUUUCAAAAUAUUCUUAAAGUAAGACUAGCAAGCCUAUAAUUCUAUAGUUUGUUGCGCCAUUCUCUCAUAACCACUUAAUCUCUUACAAAAGUGUAUGUUCUCUCUGUAACGCUCUCGUAACUGGAUGCUCCUUCUCAUCGUUAACAAAAUAAGAACUAAUGAUCCCAUGACUAGACACAACACACCAAAUGGUGACUUAUUCACUGUAGAGAAGUUUCUCUACAAUGACAUCUCGAACGUUCUAAUUCAAGAAAUUGAGUUGCUUAUGUAUUGCUAUACCUAUCCGUUAAAGGGAAUGUGACUCUCGUCCGAAAAUCAUACCUUUCUCAGUGAAUUUAGAUCUUCGUAUAUUAGACUCAGUACACCACAGUCAACUUUUUCUUGCACGUUUAUUUGCAACGUAUAAGAAUAACCACCAAGAGAUUUGAACAGUCGAUAUCUGAAUAUUUCACUGGAAUUAAGUUUAUACGCCUUUGUGUUGGACACUGUAAGAUCUGAUCGAAAAAGUGUCCAUGAUCAUUGUUAGAAAGAACUCUUUUUUGACUUUUUGGAAGAGCCGUUUGCUCUGACAUACAGCACUACCAGACUUGUAGUACUAAACACUACCAGGUUUCGCACUUGUUUUAAACACUUGUUUUACACCAUUAUUCCCUCCAUUUUCGUAUGACCGGAAAUAUUGCUCUAUUAUAAACUGUUUCUUCUUAGCUGUGAUUUAGCUGUGAUCAUAAUUUUCACGACGGUUUUAAUAAUAAAGCAGAAUAAAGAAGAAUAUGACAGUUCAACUGUCGUGAUAUCAGGCUUUCUCUAGAAAUAAGAAUGUUAAUACCAGAUAUAUUUAAUACCUUGUUCGGCGUGGAAGCAUGCGGAAACAGGCCAAUAUAAAAAGCAUUGAGAGUUUUGAAAUGUGGUGCUAUCGAUAAAUAUGAAGAAUACGUUGGGUUAACCGAACCACAAAUGAAGAAGUAUUAUGGCAAAUGGACAAAAGGCCUGAAGUAAUACCACAAAAAAAGGAAAAUUGGAAUACUUGGACCAUCUAAUACGGGGACAAAAAUAAACAUUCCUACAAAAUAUAAUGCAGGGAAAUAUUGCAGAACGAAGUAAUUGGGGCUGCAGAUUAUUGUCCUGGAUGAUAAAUUUAAGAGAGUGUUUUGGUUCCACCACCACAAACAAUCUAUUUAGAACUACUGUAAACGAAACUCAAAUAGCCUUGGUGAUAUCCUAUCUUUGACAGUAAAGGAUCGAAAAGGAGAAGAAAUUAUGAUGGUUAAUGACAAAUAAUCCUAAUCAAAUAAAGAUGUAUUGAUAUCGGAACUGCUUAUUCUGGCGACUACCGUAUUUGAGAUUCUAAGGUAUUACAUUACAAUGUUGUACGCCAUAAGAUUGAUCUUAGUCACAAUGAAAAAAUAUCAUUGGCAUAUUAUCACAAUUUUUUUUGUUUUUUAAAUUCGCUCUAUUAUUUCUUAAAUAUGAGUCACUCUAUUAACGAUAAUAUUUAUUUUGUACUGAAAAUGACUUAACUGUAAUGGGUCUUGAGCCCACACUUAAAAAAAAUAUCACCUUCCUCAUUAGACUUAUUCAGUUGUUCAUGCCGAGUCAGACUACUUUUCUAUUUAAGAAAAUUUUCGGGAGGUGGGUGUUUCAUAAAUUUAGAGAUUUCUAAACUUUGGUGCGUCCGAUAUACGCCAGUCAAUGGAGCAAGAAUAGGAUAUUACCUCCGAAUUCUAUCCUACUGCAUGGAUUUUAAUGAAAUUUUGGGCCUAGUCGCUACUUAUCUCCUAAUUCAAAGUCUAGCCUAUGCCGAUGUGUGCUUUUAUCUUGGGGGUGGUUCCCACCCCUUCUUAGGGUUGGAAAAAUUUUUGGUUAAAGUUACCGCAGAAUUUGCUAGAGAACCUAAUUAUAAGCAAAAACUGUAAUACAAUUUUUUUUUUAAACUCAUGCUUUUCAGAGACAUUCAUGGUUGAAAAUUGGCCAUUUUCAUUGAAACGUAAUUCUUUCCGAACGGUUUUUUGCGAAUACCUUACAAACUAUGCAUCUAACUAAAAAAACUAUAUUAAACAUUUUUGUAGGUUAUAAAAAAUAAAGAGACACUUGCCUCCACAAAUCUUCUAGUUAUAAUACAAAAAGCGAUUGGUAGGUGAAAAUAGUUUGUUUUUUGCUACAUCCUCAAAUUGCUGUAUUCAACUUGAAAUAACAGAGAAACGGUCAAGUUUAGGUGUAUAAUGCUACUAAUACCUUUCAUAGUGCUUGAAACGAUCUUUAAAAUGAGCUAGCUAUAUUAGAGGUCCAUUACAUUAAAAUUAAGCGAGAUAGCUGCAAACAAAAUUGAUAACUAAUAUAUUUUAAGAAAAAAUGAGAAUUAAUUUAACCCCCUUCCACCAAAAUGUAAAUGCAUCGUUUUCCCCCUACCAUAUCUUUGAUUAUAGUGUUAUUUCUAUGGUUAAAAAGUUGGACAGGCUUAAAAUGAAUAGUUGUUGAAAAUAAAAGAUCAAAUUUUAGAGCGCAUUUUUAAAUUUUCUUAAAAAUCUUCCUUUUUUUCCAUGUAACUUGAAAAUGAUAAGAGAUACAGUAAUGAAAAAUAAAAAGGAAAUUUAUAUUUGAAAAAGCCCUACAUUUUUGUGUGGUAUCUUUUUUCCGUAUCUCUUAUCUUUUUCGAUUUGCAAGGAGGAAAAGGAAGAUUUUUAAGAAAAUUUAAAAAUGCGCUCUAUAAUUUCAACUUAUUUUUUUCAAAAACCGUUCAUUUUAAUUCCGUCCAAUUUUUGAACAUAGAAAUAAUACUAUAAUAAAAAGUAUUGUAGAAGGAAAGCGAUGUAUUUAAGUUCUGAUAGAUGAGGGGUUCAAUAUACUUAUCAUUUCUUCUUAAAAUACAUUAGUCAUCAAUUUUUGCAGAAUAUCUCGCUUAGUUUGAAUGUGAUCGACAUUUAUUACUGCUCAUUUUAAAGGUCUUUUCAAACCCUAUAAAAGUUAUUAGUACCAUUAUAUAUCUAAAAUCGACAGUUUCCCUUUUAUUUCAAGUUGAAUAAACCGAUUUGAGCAUGCAGCAAAAAAACAAACUCUUCUUAUCUACCAUACCCCUCUUUGUAUUUUAACUAGAAGAUUUAUGAGGUAACAAAUCUCUUUGUUUUUUUAUAAACUACAGAAAUAUUUUAUAUAGUUUUUCUGUUAGAUGCAUAGUUUUUAAGGUAUUCGCAAAAAUCCGUCCGAAAAGGUGUAAUUUUUCAAUGAAAAUGGCCAAUUUUCAACCACGAAUAACUCAGAAAUUAUUGAGUUUUCAAAAGAUAAUUAUAGAACAGUUUUUGCUUAAAAUUAGGUUCUCUAGCCCCUUCCGUGGCUAUUUUAACCAAAACAUAUUUCACCGCCGAGAAGGGGUGGGAACCACCCCAAGAUAAAAGCGCACAUCGACAUAAGGUAGACUUUGUUUCUUGAGCUAUUCCCUCCUUACUGUGAAAAUAUCAAGUAAAUCGAUGUAGUAGGAUGGAAUUCGCAGCCAAAUACCCUCAUUGACUGCCCUAAUAACUGAAAUAAAACAUUUGUCGGACUAACAGUUAACUGUAAAUAUGUCUAUCUAACAAUCCUGCAGAAAUCAUGUGUGAAGGUAUAAAUUAUAUGACUCUUUAUGAAGCGUGCGCCCCUAUGGUUGGUGUACUAUUUAGUCAGAAAUGAUUUUUUUAGGAUUGUUUGAUAGAAAUACUAACAAUUUAAGUACUGAUAAUAUUGUACGACACAUUUUUAAGAGUAGGGGAGAGUCGGCUAAUGGUGCGCGUCGGGUAAUUGUGCGCAUCGUUAUUUCUAAUCUCAUAUUUAAUAAAAUUGCAAAAACAAUAUUGUCGAGCCAUCUAGUAGCAACUGCCAUAUCUAUCCGACACAAACGAACGUCGGGAGAUAAUUUACCGGUUGGCAGUUAUCGUUUACAUGUUUUCGCGUGGUAUGAUAUUGUUUGCGUGACUGAGAAAAUAAGCGAUAACUAUUUUUCUUGACAGAAAUAUAGUUUAAAUAGUACUUACAUCUUUUAUUUAUUUACCAUUUUAAACACUGAUAUAGUUAGUUUUUCUCUAUUCUUUUUUGUUUUUAUUAAAUUUUGUGUUAUGUGGUGAAGUGUAACGUCGUCUAAUGGUGCGCAUUGCGCACCAUUAGCCGGCAAGGUAUAUAAAGGCAUUUUUUACGUUUUGUGACAAGCGUUAAACAACCGUCAAAGUAAAGAAAGGGACAAAGAGAAAAAGUACACGAAGUUGAGAAAAAGUACAAAAAGGAAAAUUUUUGGACACAACAGCUCCGAAGUUAUUUCAGAAAGUGAACUGUGCCAUGAUGAUGAGUUGGAAGAUCUCGUGUCAGAUUAAAUGACUUCUGUGUAUUGUGGUGAUGAUAGCAAAGAAGACGAGGUAUGGUGCAAGUGUUCGACAUAUUGUCAGUGGUCUAAUGCCAUGUGUAUACGACAGGAUAGUCCAGAAUGAUUGAUAUAUUAUUUGUGACUUCUGCCAUACUUGGAUUUUUUUAAAUAUCUGUAACUUGGUUUCUUAUCUUUUUCCGUGUAUUUGUUUGUUCCUUUAGUAUUUAUGUUCAAUAAGCUACAUUUUCGAAGGUUAUUUGUAAGUUCUAUUAUUGCGCACAGUUAUCCGACAUAUGCACACCAUUAGCCGAAUAGGAAAUGUUUUAAGUUUGUGAAAUAUCCUGAAUUUGCCUUAGGUGCGCACCAAUAGCCGACGCUCCCCUACUGCUGUUGUUGGACGCACCAAAGUUUAGAAACUUCUAUAUUUACGAAACACCCCUCUCCCGAAAAUUUGUCCGACUCGACAUAAAUAACUGAAUAAAAAAAGUCUCAUGAAGGAGGUAAUAAUCUUUUUUAAGUGUGGGUCCAAGGUGUAUAAGAGGUCACGAACUCUUUUAGAUAAAUUAUUUACGAUUAUUUUUUUUGUAAACGAAAAACUUUAUAUGUAUUUAUUUCUAGGAUUCCUGCGAAUGUUUGUGAGGUUCUAAGGUGUAUUAGUUAUUUAUUCUAUUUUGUUGAUUUUUCUUUUGUAACUUAAUUUCAUAAAUCAUUUCAUUUCUUUCUUCUCUUCUUAAAAUGAUUUACUUUUUAGAAACUUUUUGAAUUGCUAUAUUAUUCUAUACAUGCGUCACACUUUGCCUUAUCAUUAAAAAUUUGGGUGUAAACACAUGAUUUUUACAAAUAUGGAACAUAUUAUGCUCAGUAAGAAAUGUAUGCUUUAAUAAUGUACUGAUCUUGAUCAGUACAUUAUUAACAGAUUACAGAUGAAAUCGUGAAAUCAAGUAACAUUUUUAUUUAGGGCACAAAAAACUUUGACUAGUAGGCGCCAAAGUAUACUAGCUUAAAGAUCAUUUAGAGAUUUUCAAAAAAGGCCUUAAUUAUUAAUAUACAGUAUAUAUGAGGUAAAGAAAAUUAUGUUUAUAUCUGCGUUUUUAAUAUUUGCCUAUCAGCAGUUGACGACUACGGGCUGAAGCUGACUACAGAAUCUGUGAAAGAUGGCAGAAUUCUGAAGUGAACACCAUGAAUAAAUGAAAAAUAUACAACAAGCCAAUUGCCCGUAGACCAAUCGGUUUAGAAUAUACAGGUUUCGAAAACCAGUUCUGCCUUACUUUAUGUUCUUGAUGGUGCUGAAAACGGUGGUGCUGUAAAAAUUACUAUUUUGACAAUGCUCCCCCACUUAAAAUUUAAAAUAUACUUCAUUUUCAUUUUCAGCAACACCAAAAACAUAAGGUAAGGUCAACAUUAGCCAUUCACCACCCGUGAUAGUAUCUCAAGAAAUAAGCGUUAUUUUGGCGGUGUAAUACGUCUAUAUUAAAAGUUACACUAUUUUUUUCUAUAAAACAUUUUGAUUUAAAACUCCCCAGAAAACUUCCCUGUACUCUAUGUUUUAAGGUAAACAUGAUUAAUAAGCUAUAUUUUAAAUUUUGUUACUCAACUUUUGCGAUUUAACUUUGGAAAUCAUAAAUGUGCACCUUUUAGUUCAAAACUUAAAAAAAUUCAUAAAUUUUAUUAAAAUAAGAAUGAAGGCUUGCAAUACGUCCCAUAGUCUUUCGAGAGGUGAAAAAUAUAAUGUAAAAGUUUCAGCAAAUAAUAUAUACUCUAAGGUCUAUAUUUUUUGGUUUCAGAAAAAAUAUUAAAAUGAAACAGAAUUUUAGCGAGCUAAAGGCAAAAAACGUGAACUUUUUUUUUAUUUUUAGGGUAAAAUUGCAAUUUUGACAAUGUAUCCACACUUAAAAUUCAAAGUAAACUUCAUUUUCGUUUUCACCGCCACCAAAAACAUAAAGUAUGACCAAAAUUAACCAAUCACCACAGCGUGGUCAGUACCAUGUCAUUUUAGGGGUGCCUACCGUACGCCUAAUAAGUUUGUCCCUUCUCUAAAAGCUAAAGUUUUAGUAUAGGUUUUAUUAUUCAAAGCCAUUUUACGAACAAAUAAUGUUUUCGACUAAUGUUAAGAAAACCACAAAACUGUCAAACAAUAAAUACAGUGUGGCAAUCUAGCAAUUUUUGCUAGAGUAAUCUUGCGUUUUUAAUUACACAGUUAAAAAUAUGCAAAUAAAGGGCUAUGCUUUAUUAAAUCUUUUUAACCAUUAUUAUUUACUAUGCCUUAUUUUACCAAUAGGUUGUGCCUCAUUUUGACUUCAUAGACUUCAUUUUGACGAUUCAUAGAUGGUGCUAGUUGCAUAUUGAAAAUAUUUGACUCCAGUUCAGUGUUUCUACACAGGUGCUCUGAUGAGAAUUCAAAAUACGUAUUAGCACAUAGUAAACUCCCUAUUCUGUAAUCAAAUCUGAAUAAUCUUUACUUUUGUUGUAUUGUAAAGGUAAAUUAAGGUAAUUAUGUCAGGUUUUAGUGUUUAUUACAAUGAAAAUCGCGAUAAUCGAACAAAUGGUGUAUUUUCGCCUUUACGGUACAAAAUCUCAAUGCUAACUAAACCAAAAACAGACGCCAAAUAAUAUUGUCCAUCUCCUUUUAGCAUCUGCUAAAUAUCAAAGAUAAAAACUACGGUCAGAGUAAACCACACAUACCCUAUUCAGGUCACUUCCCAAAACACAGAACUUUUGCAAAAGCAUGUGUCGUUUGACGAUCAUAACUACAGUCACCCUCCAGGGGCGUAUCGUAAGGAAUUAGUUUGUUACAGUCUCCCCCCCCCCCGGCAUCGAACUCGCUAGAGGAGGGUCCAGCAGAUGUUGCAAUUUUCUUCCUGGGGCGUGUUCGUCUUCGUCUUGGCCCUGCGGGCGUUGGAGCUUCCUUCACGAUUAUCGAAGGUAACCAUUUCAAUAUCACUGCAGUUUUUCCCGGAUCAACUUCCACGACGUUCACUUGUUGAUACUCCGAUCGCCAGUCAUAUAAAGGAUCCGAGCCACUAGUUAUGGUGUUUAAACAGUGAUAGUCCACGCAAAGUCUUGUACCGCCAUCCUUUUUCGGCACUAAUACAACCGGCGCGGCCAAAACACUUCCGUAUUCUUGGACGAUGUCUUCCCCCAAAGGUCUAUCCAACUCGGUUCCAAGCACUUCUCUCUUGACAGGUGACACCCGGUACAGUGGUAGUGAAUUUGGUGCGUUAUUUCCCGUAUUAGCAUACUCGGAAGGCUCUCCUCCCAUUCUGAAGUUAUUCUUCCUUCUUCUUUCGUUGGCUCGAGCUCGUUCAUAUUCUAGAACUAUUUCUGCGGAAGAAAAAUCUAUCGCGGAUUCUUCCGUAUGACUACACUCUGGGCAGUAAGCCCUAAUAAAUCCCGGAUUACCACAACCGUAACACUUUAACGGGGUGUUUAGGCUCUUGCGCGGCGAAUUCGAAGUAAUUGUUCCGACGGUAGCACUGUCCGUACGCGAAGAACUCACAAUUUCUUUCGAAGUCGUAGGUCGAUCGGUGGAUUGUCUCUAAUGUUUAUUUCCACAGAUCUAUUUGAAACAGAGUUCGACUCAAAAGUAAUUUUAAUCGUACUCAAAUGUUCAAUGUUUUGCGUGGAACGCAAAUUGUACAAAUGGUUGGUCAUGAAAAAAUUAGAAAGUACUUGCCAGUAAAUAGCUGUGUCCACGCUUGGAUAAAGAAUACCUCCAGCACCUUUCUGCACACCACCUGUACGAUCCUUGGAACAACUAGCACUAAAUCACUUUCGAGUUUGACAAGACAGAAGACACGUAACCGAAGUAGUCAAUUGUCUAAUAAAUAUUAAAAAUAGACAAAAGCAACCGAAUAACUAAAACGAAUCCCUUUGUUACUUAUAAACAAACAGUAGGCCCACUUAAUUAUUUAAUCAGCGAAGCACUUAAUUAUUUUUAAGUUUUGAGUUCUUCUUUCAGCGAUCUUCUUUUGAACACCUUUGCGAAAAGGGUCCACACUGAAUAAUUUAACAAUUAUUAUCGCUGAAGCACACUUUUCUAACGCGAUUUUUCGUUUAAACUACCGAAACACGAUUCAUCCCGUAAUUUUCAAGUAAACGCCACUACGUUUGGGCGACAUUGUACAGGUAAAUUAAGGUAAUUAUCUCAGGUUUUAGGGUUUAUUACAAUGAAAAUCACGAUAAUCGAACAAAUGAUGUAUUUUCGCCUUUACGGUACAAAAUCUCAAUGCUAACUAAACCAAAAACAUACGCCAAAUAAUAUUGUCUCUCACCUUUUAGUAUCUGUUAAAUAUCAAAGAUAAAAACUACGGUCAGAGUAGACCACACACACUAUAUUCAGGUCACUUCCCAAAACACAGAACUUUUGCAAAAGCAUGUGUCGUUUGACGAUCAUAACUACAGUCACCCUCCAGGGGCGUAUCGUAAGGAAUUAGUUUAUAACACUAUAUUUUUAUUCACUUUUGUGGAUAUUAGAAUAUUGGAUUAUUUUGUGGCUAAAGAUUAUUCUCACGGUGAACGACAUGUCGCGAAUGCAAUUAUAGAUUCCCUUGUCGAGUAUUUUACCACUCUUUUCUGCUUUAUUUUUCCCUCCUUUAUUCGAAUUUCAGUAACUGCCUUAUUUUGACUUUAUUAAGUAAUUUAUAGCUUCAAAAAUAAUUAAGAUAAUAAAAUGAAUGAAAUAAAAUGAAAUUAAUGAAAUGAAAUAUAUAGAAAAAAAUACAUAUUAUGUAUAGAAAAUGAACCAAUCUUGAAUAAGGAAAAAUAGCUGUAUUUUUCCAAAGGAUUGAAUUAUUUUUCAGUAGUAUUCAUUUUUCAUAGUAUUUUUCUUCAACGUAGAUGAUAGAAACAUAAUUGUGUUUUUUAUGGAUUUAUUUAUUUACAGAUUUAGAAAUACUAAAAAGUAUCACUAACUGUAUUGUCUCUAAAAGCAUAUCUUCGUUUCCGUUAUAAGUUGGAUCUAAUCAAUCUGUAGUAGAACUGAAGGCUGACUCGUAUAGAGGAAAGCAGGAAUCUUAGUCAAGAUUCCUACUUGACAGAGUAGUUACCUACGCUAAAUAUUUUUUGCACACCGAACUUUAAAAUAAUAGUGAGCUUUGAAAUAUUAGAAAAAAAAAAUUUCUUCAAACUUUUAUUCUUGUACCAUAAAAAAUCUUUCUUGUAUUAUUAAGAACCCCUGACCAUAUUUAUUAUUGUCGAUUUAUAAUAACCGAGUGUAAAAUAUUACCAGCAAUAUGUUUUUAAGAUGUUUUAUUUAGGUAUUAUCUUAAUAAAAUUUAUUUAUUUUAUAA